AUGGAGUGCGCUGUGGCUCGGGAGGAAGCAGGCUGCGUGGUCCACUGGCUGCCGUCGAUGGACUCUCGGCCUGGUGAGGCGUGGGGGGCCAGCGAGCUGCGGGCGGAGGGCAUCGCGGAGGGCCUGGCGCUCGAGAUGCCGCUGGGCGCUCCCACGGGCCCCGACGGCCAGCCUGACGUGGCGCAGGAGCUCACCCUGGGUGCGGACCCACGUGCGGUCAAUGCUCACAGCGCCGCUGUGGAUGAGUCUGCACGAGAUGAGGCUCGCGCGGGAGCCGCGGCAACCGGAUGCGAAGUUGCUGAGGUACGUGAUGGCGCCGAUCCUCGUGGGUGCUGCGGGGUCGAUCAUCUUCACGAUGACGUUGAGGAACAGCAGCCGCUCGUCAGGCCGCCAAGGAUCGUGCUGGAUCCGCUGUGGCGUCGUCGGUAG